UCUUGAAGGUUUUUUUUUGUUGUUAGUGGGGCUUUACUAGCUUGUGUAAACAGUCAGUUAGGUUUCACAGGUUUAUGUUCAGGCAUCUGCUUCAUUGUUUGACCUAAUGUACAUUGUUGGUGCAGAGUGAACUUGCCUCUGGGGAUACAUGUUACUUACAAACUGCAUUGCAACAGCACAGCUACCGGUGACAGGACUCUGCACUGUUUCUGCAGCGAGACGUGGGGAUGGGGGGGAGCCGUUGCACCUCCCUGAUCCUCUGAUCCCGUCUCCCCCCUGGUGGUCGAGGACUCUGCAUCUCAGCCGAUGGGCCGUGUUUGGAUUUUGUGUGCGAGCUGACACGGGGCUGGCGUAGAGCAUCAAACAGCAUGGAUCCAUACAGCAGAGCCAGCAGCACAGCGGCUCCCCUGUCCUGUACCAGCUGUGGGGGCUGCUGCACCCCACCUCCCCCUUUCCUAAUCCCUCCUGGUCCCCCUUCUAACACCUCCUCAUCUUCCAUGCCUCCAAAUAUGACGCCCCCACCGCCGAUGCUUCCUGCCCCUGUCGUGCAGGUGGAGAAUGGCAGCAGCUGGAACUCAUCCACCUUCUCCUCCUUUGGUUCUCCUGACUCCCAUUCUGGCCACUGCUGUGGACCCAGCAACCCCAACCCCUACUGGACGGCGGUGUUCGACUACGAGGCCACAGCAGAUGAGGAAUUAACCCUAAGACGCGGAGACCUUCUCGAAGUUCUUUCCAAAGACUCCAAGGUGUCUGGGGAUGAGGGCUGGUGGACAGGCAAGAUCCAGGACAAGGUGGGUAUCUUCCCAAGCAACUAUGUCACGAGGGGUGCUGCUACCAGCUAUCAGCAACUGACUGCAGGAGGGCUGGUUCCAGGUGGUGUUGGGGUGGGUGAGUGCCCCUUGGAAAUAGACUUCACAGAACUGCUGCUAGAGGAGGUCAUUGGAGCUGGUGGAUUUGGGAAGGUCUACAAAGGACUGUGGCAAGGAGAGGAGGUGGCUGUAAAGGCUGCCAGGCAGGAUCCCGAUGAGGAUAUUAGCGCCACAGCAGAGAGUGUGCGGCAGGAGGCCAGGCUGUUCUGGAUGCUGCGGCACGCAAACAUAAUCUCCCUCCGUGGGGUCUGCCUUCGUGAGCCCAACCUGUGUCUGGUAAUGGAAUACGCAAGAGGGGGCGCUUUGAACAGGGCCCUCGCUGGAAAGAAGGUUCCCCCGAGAGUUCUGGUGAACUGGGCUGUUCAGAUUGCCACAGGGAUGGAUUACCUGCACAACCAGGCAUUUGUACCCAUCAUCCACAGAGACCUCAAGUCCAGCAAUAUUCUCAUUUUGGAGCCAGUGGAGCGCGAGGACAGCCUUAGCGGGAAAACGCUGAAGAUCACAGAUUUCGGCCUGGCCAGGGAGUGGCACCAGACCACCAAGAUGAGUGCGGCGGGUACCUAUGCCUGGAUGGCACCAGAGGUCAUCAAGCUGUCACUGUUCUCAAAGAGCAGCGAUGUCUGGAGUUUCGGGGUCCUGCUGUGGGAGCUGCUGACCGGCGAGGUUCCUUACCGGGAGAUAGAUGCUCUAGCCGUAGCUUACGGUGUUGCCAUGAACAAACUCACGCUUCCCGUCCCUUCCACCUGUCCAGAACCUUUUGCUCAGUUAUUAGCAGAGUGCUGGAGCUCAAACCCUCGCAGCAGGCCGUUGUUCACCAGCAUCCUCAGGCGACUGUUGGCCAUCGAGCAGUCGGCCAUGUUCCAGAUGCCGCUUGAGUCCUUCCAUUUAUUACAGGAAGACUGGAAACUGGAGAUCCAGCAGAUGUUUGAUGAACUCAGGGCCAAAGAAAAGGAACUGAGAUCCUGGGAGGAGGAGCUGGCUCGAGCUGCUGAGGAGCAGAGGGAGCAGGAGCAGCACCUGAGGAGGAGAGAGCAGGAGUUGGCGGAGAGGGAGAUCGACAUUGUAGAGAGAGAGCUGAACAUCAUCAUACACCAGAUGUACCAGGAGAAACCCAGCGUGAAGAAGCGAAAAGGCCACUUCAAGAAGAGUCGGUUGCUGAAGCUGGGCAGAGAUGGCAACUGCAUCAGCCUGCCAUCUGGCUUUGAGCAUAAGAUCACAGUGCAGGCGUCACCCAGCGUGGACAAGAGGAAGAACCAGGGGAGCGAGAACACCACGCCGCCUGCCAGCCCGGGGGUCAUACCCCGUCUGAGAGCCAUACGAUUGACGCCGAGUGAUGGCAGUAAGACGUGGGGCCGCAGCGCUGUGUGUAAGAAGGAAGACCUGUCGACCAAUAAGAAGAAAGGUCGCACCUGGGGACCGAGCUCCACCCACCAAAAAGAGAGAAUGGGCGGGGAGGAAAAGCUGAAGUCACUGGGUGAGGGGUGCAAAGUUUGGUCGUCCAGUGCGCCAAACCUCGGCAAGUCUCCUAAACAUGUACCAAUGACUGCUGGCUUCUCCAGCCUCAAUGAAAUGGAAGAGUGUGGUGAGUUUGAGGAAUCACCAGGGUCUUUAAUGCCCUCUGAGACCAGCAGCAAUGGGGUCGGGGAAGACUCUGGGCCCCUGUGGGGCACUCUGGGACCCAGCGUGGUGCCUGCCAUUGGGAUUUCUGGUAUGAACUCCUGUCAGGGGCCGGGGCUGAGCUACCAGGACUCCUUGCGUCACUGCAGCCAGAGGAAGAAGAGUGACAUGCUGUUGUUGGGCUGUGCCUCUCUGCUGGCGUCUGUGGCCCUGGGACAGGAUUUAGUUCAGCUGGGGAGACUGCAGGUUCUGCAGGAUGAGCAGGAACUCCGAGAGGAGCAGCGGAAAAAGAAGGAGGGUCUGUUCCAGAGGACAGGGCGUUUUCGCCGCAGCACGUCUCCGCCCAGCCGUAACCUCUCUCUGUCUCUCACACGGCAUCAUGAGUCAUCGCUUUCCUGUAUGGACCCUUCUCCCUCUGUCACGCUCCUCUCCUUGUCCUCCUUGUCUGAUUGUAACUCCACCAAAUCCCUCCUUCCUUCUGACCCGGAUGACUACCCGUUGACCCCAAUGACAGGGGUCAAAACACCGGUGGCUCCAGCUGCUCCUUCCCUCAAUCCGCUGUUAGACCUGCGGGCAGAGAGCUUCAAGAAAGAGCCCAACCAGUCUCUCACGCCCACCCAUGUGUCUGCAGCCAUGGCAGUGAACAGGGGUCACAGACGCACUCCAUCUGAUGGAGCAAUACGCCCUCGUGCUCAAACUCUGGGACAUCGCAGGACACCAUCGGAUGGAAGCAUGCCCAUGCCUCCACCACCAGGAGUAGCAGAUGCUGCACCAAACAAAGGUACACAAGACACUCUGGACAUUCCCCGACUGCCCAACCCCUCAACCAUCUUCCCAGUUCCACAUCGGCGUAAAGCCCCUGCGCCACUUAUCCCCGAUCCAGAUCCUCUCUGUCUCAUCAGUCCCUUGGAAAGACCAAAAACUUUGGAGUUUGCACCCCGGCCACGACCAAUGCCAGCUCGAAUGAGAGCUGACCCUUGGAAGCUAGGCUCUCUGUCGCGGACUCUGAGCUCCUCACCAGGCAGUAGCUGCGACAGUCCCCUCGGUUCAGGAGACAGUAGCGCCAGUGCAGCAAGACCAAACCUGAUGGACAUGGACAUGGAGGGCCAGAGUUUGGACCACACUGUACCACUGUGUGGACAGCUUCAACCUACCACUCUCUGUGGACAGCAGUACUUGUAGUGAAGGCACAAAAUUAACAUUUCCACCUCUUUUUUUUAUAUAUAUAUUAAACAUUAUGGCUUUCAGUUGGAAUUAAGGAUGACUCCUGACAUCUGAGCCUGUGCACUUUUUAAAGGUUGGAUGUUCAAAAACAUCCAGCUUAAUCUUGAUGUGUAGAUACGGACUGGAAGCCAUCCUUCGCAUGUGCCCUAAAAAGGCUUAGCGUGAAGCCCUUAAAGCCAACAGUUCCCUUAUAGUGCACACUAACCUCCACUCCAGGACAAUGAGGGUCCUUGAGGACUCUAAAGGUCCUUCAGGACAUUGAUGACCUCCAAAACAGUGAAGGUCCUACAGCACACUGAGGGUCCAACAGAACUUUAGGGGUCCUCCAGUACACAUAGGGUCUUUGAGGACUUUUGUAAGUCUUGUAAUGGGCACACAUUAUUCUCGCUGCACACUCACAGACCUACUGCAGCAGCACAUCUUUUCUCUUAGGAAGCCAUUGCUUCCUUGUUCACUUGCUCAGUGCCCUACGAAGGAUGCAUUUUCUUCACAGUUCAACAGAGCAGUGGUUCUCAAACUGGGGAAUGGGUGACACUACCGGUAUUUGAAACUCCCUCUGUUGGUACUUAACAUCUCUCAGAAAAUGUCUGCAGAAAUCUCAAGAAGGAUACUCAGUAGAGUGAAUGCCUCCAACAAGGACCACAAUACCCCAUCUUGCAAUGUAAAGAAAAAAAAAAAAAAUUGCAUUCACCCUCAGAUUUAACAGUUUUUCCAAAACACACCCAAUCUUUUUAUUGGUUUUCAUGAAAACUGGUUGUAUUAACUUGCCAUCUGUUGGUAUUUAGUUACCUAAAAUUCAGACACCUAGAUCAUCUGGCGUUAGUUGAUUUAACCUUCUCAUUCCAUUUGGUAAAAAUUGGGUUAAUUCAUUUUUGUUGGGUAAUCCUGUUAAAAAAAAAUGGCAGGUUAAAGCUUUACAUCCUUGGUGGAGAUUAUUAGUGUCUGAGCCUAACAAAUUAUGAAUACAAGCACAUUUCUGUCGUAUGUCUUUGUGCAGGUUGUGCGGUGGAAUCUGGUCUUUUAGCUACGUCAGAUAUAGUUUGAGAAUCACUGCAUGAGGUCAAAGAAACUUUCAAACAGCAUUUGAAGUAUCUAAAGUCCACUUUUGACUUUGCCCAACUGUGUGCAUUUCCAUCCAUUGACCCAAUGUGUGCAGCUGCUAUCCUUCAUUUAACUCGUCUUUCUUCUCUCCCUUUCCAACAACACACAUAC